CCAACCCCCAAUUCACUCAAACAAUGUUGAGGAAAUUUCAAUAUUUCUAUUCAAACAUCACAGCAGAGUAUCUAUUCAUAUUCAUAUACUGAUCAUUCAAGUUUUUUUUUUAGUUCUCAUCACUCAAAAAAAUAAGCAAUGGGUUUCACAAAUGAACUCAUUGUCUUCGUUUUGAUGUUCAUAAUAGCAGCACAGGCUCAGGAACCUACUCCGAAUUAUUUAGCUUGGAAGUUCUGUAUAGAUGGUAAUUAUACCGCAAACAGUACAUACCAAACCAAUCUCAAUCUCUUACUCUCUUCUCUCUCAACUACAUUCACAAACAACAACACAGUCCCCCGGUACGGCUACCGUAACAUCACAACCGGAAAAGGCACAGAUACUGUCUACGGAUCCUUACACUGUCGAGAGGAUGUAACACCAGAUGAGUGUUCCGAUUGUAUUCAGCUUGCAACGGAUGAAGUGGUGGCGGAUACUGGGUGUCCAAAUUCAAAAGGAGCUAUUAUGUUUUACAAUGGAUGUGUUCUGAGGUAUUCAGAGAAGUAUUUCUUCUCAAUGCUGAAUGAAACACCGUAUAUUGAACUUCUAAGUUCAGAUACUAUCACAGACCCAACUCCAUUUUUGGACACAGUAUCUGGUUUGCUGGAUGAUUUAGUGAUUAAAGCUGUGAACAAUACUUCUAAUAGUCCUUCUUUAUUCGCAACUGGUUUGACCAAUUACACAAGUUCUGAUGAAGUCUAUGGUAUGGUUCAGUGCACACCAGAUCUGACACCAAGUGUCUGCAAUACAUGCCUUAGAUCAGCUCUUGCGCGUUUAUCCAGUUGUUGUUUUGAUACACAAGGGGCUAGAGUUCUUUAUCCAAGUUGUACUUUUAGAUUUGAGAUUUAUACAUUUUAUGGCGACUAUAUGUAUACGAAUAAUACAACUUCACCCUCACCUCCACUUCUAUUACCUCCAACUCCAUUAGCAUUACCUUCUCCAACUCUGCAAUCUCCAUCAAAUUCAACAAACUCAAAUGGAAAAGAUUCGUCGGUAGUACUGGCUGUUAGUAUUGCAGUUCCUUUGGGAAUUGCAGUACUACUAUGUAUAUCCUCCAUUGCUGUUUGGUGGUUUUGUUUCCAUAGGAAAAAGAAGAUAAAUAACAAUUAUUCCGCCCCAGAUAUGGAUCAAGAUACUCAAAGUGCACAAUCACUAUUAUUCAACUUCAGUAUUAUAAGUGCUGCAACAAAUAACUUUGCCGAGGCUUAUAAGCUUGGGGAAGGCGGAUUUGGCCCAGUUUAUAAGGGUACAUUGUCUGAUGGACAAGAAAUAGCUGUGAAAAGACUUGCUAAAAGUUCCGGUCAAGGGGACCGAGAGUUCAAAAAUGAAGUUAUAUUACUAGCUAAACUUCAGCACAGGAAUCUUGUCAGACUGUUGGGUUUUUGUUUACAUGGAGAAGAGAAACUACUCAUUUAUGAGUUAAUGAAUGCAAGUCUCGAUCAGCUCAUCUUCGAUCCUGUGAAACGGACGUCUUUGGAUUGGGAAAGACGAUACAAGAUUAUUGGAGGAAUUGCUCGAGGUCUUCUAUAUCUUCAUGAGGAUUCUCGAGUUAGGAUUAUUCACCGAGAUCUCAAAACUGACAAUAUUUUAUUAGCUGAUGACAUGACUCCAAAAAUUUCAGAUUUUGGCAUGGCUAGACUUUUUCUAUUAGACCAAACUCAAGCUAAUACAAUGAGGAUUGUUGGAACAUACGGAUAUAUGGCUCCCGAAUAUGCAUUGCACGGACAAUUCUCUGUGAAAUCGGACGUUUUCAGUUUUGGUGUCUUAGUUCUGGAGAUUAUUAGUGGAAAAAAGAACACUGCAUUCUACAAAGGAGGUGCUCAAGAUCUUCUGACUUACGCAUGGCAAUAUUGGCAAAAAGGACUGGUCAUGGAACUAUUAGAUUCAAGUUUGAUGGAGAAUUGUUCAAGAAGUGAAAUAAUGAGAUGUGUGCACAUUUCACUAUUGUGUGUCCAAGACAAUGUUGCUGAUAGACCUACCAUGGCCUCGAUAAUUCUAAUGCUUGAUAGCAACUCCGUGACUCUCCCAUUACCUAAACGGCCUUCAUACUUUGUGUCAGAUCUUGCAGUGGAAGAUGCAUGUAGCCUUGAGGUAUCCGUUACUGAUAUAGAUCCUCGCUAACAUUAGAUGAACACCAACUCUUCCUUGUGUGUAUGUUUGAUAAAUCAAUCUGUUAUCAAUUAUACUCCUCUGUAAGAUAUCCCAGAUUAUUUUGGGAUUAAGGUGUAAACAUAUAAACCAAUUUUUAAUUAGUGGCACCUGUUAAUUGGUUUAAAAAGGUAUAGUAGGCACAUUUCUAGAUAAAUAAACAAAAAAAGAUUUUUCACUUCAACUGCUACCCAGAGAUCAAGGGUUUAAUUUAAUGUAACAGUGCAUUAGAUCUGCAA